CUUCCGUAGACAAGACAAACAUGGUUUUUUUUUUCUCUCAAGUUCUUGCCAACUUCGACGGAUAGGUAGGUAAAGCAUCUGAACAUUUGGGACCAUUCCGUCCACACACACACAAUCAAGACAAAAAGAACACGAUUUCAUUUUUUUAUGCGAAAUCGCAAGCAACAACAACCACAGCAAACCCCUAAACGGAGGGGAUUGAUUUGAUUGUUCCAUCCAAGAAUUGAUGAAGCCAUGUCCUCCCUCCGACGAAGCGGCAAGGUAAUCCGAUGACGUGGUGCAUACCGCGUGCACGCCUAUUUUUUAUUUUUUUUUUUAUUUUUUUUUUGGGACCCGAGCAACUCAACCGAGCCAGAAUAACACAGGGGGACGCUUUGAGCCUGCUUGUUUGAGCCUUCCAUGGCAGCCAUCUCAACACACGAUACUUUUUGCACCAUAUGCUACGGAGCACACAAGGAUCGUUGCUUCUCUGGUCCGUCCGCCGAACCAUCUCCACCAACUGUGACUGACCUCAUCGAUCUCGCUCCGGUUCAGGACCUCCCCUGGCUGUUCCAGAUGGCAACUCCAAAACCACAACGACAUGACCCGCCCGAUUUCUCCUCGCCCUCCUCCUCGACACUCUCGCCUUCAUUGCGACACCAAAUAACCGACAACAGCAACAACUACCCCUCGACCAACGGAACCCCAACCUAUGCCGCCUUCUCCCCAGCGACCCUCUCGACAACCACGUCCUCGGCCAACAAGCGCCGCAGCACCAUCCUCGUCCACCAGAAAUCACCUCUCCUUCUCGCGACACCGCCGCAAAUCACCCGCGCUCUGGCCUACAGCCAUCCGUUCCUCCUACCUCUCAACAAACUCGCCGGCCUUUUGAGCUGGACCACCGAUGACCAGUACGAGAGCUUCCUGCUGGUGGCCGUAUUCUGGGGCGUUGUGCUCUAUGGCGACCUCCUCUUGCGCGUCGCCGGGCCGCUGCUCGUCGUGCUGGGCCUCAUAGGCGGCAUGUACGGCCGGCGCUUCAGCCCUCUCAGCAGCAGCGGCUGGAGCGAGCCCGCCACCACCCAGAGAGAAAGCGGCAGCAGCGGCAUUAAUGGUAGCCCCGAAGCCAAAAGACAUGUUUCCGGGCAGAUGAACGGGGCGGCUUCAUCGUCGUCGGACCUCAACUCGGACGGACAGCCGAACGGCAAGCCGCGGGGGAAACCCGAGGCGACGGGGACGCGGCACCGAAAGACGCUGGACGAGAUGGUGGAGACGCUGCGCGAGUUCACAUCACGAUGCAACAUCCUCCUGGAGCCGCUGCUGGAGCUGACCGACUUCCUCAGCACGCAACGCACGCCGACCUCGGCCACCACCCGCCCGGCCCUCACAGCGCUGCUCAUCCGCAUCCUGCUCUGCACCCCGUUCUGGUUCGCGCUGACGCUGCCGCCGUUGAGGGUCGUGACGGCGCGCCGCGUCGUCCUCGUCGCCGGCACCCUGGCCCUCACCUGGCACUCGAGGGUGUGCUGCGUCGCCCGCACCCUGCUGUGGCGAUCGCGAUCCGUGAGGAAGCUCGCCGCGCUGGUCACGGGGCUGGAGUUUGACGGGAUGGUUGCUGCCAAUGGCGCUACUGUCGUGGGCGAACGGGGCUUGAUCGACGUGGGGGCCGCCACGUCGCUGGCUGCCACGGACUCGGCGGCUGCUACGGGGCGCGAGUCGGAGCUGUCCAAGGCUAUCAAGCGGCAAUCUACCAAGGCCAACGGCAAGGGGCUGGCGCGGGACACGGGGGUCCGGUUCACGUUCAUCAUCUACGAGAAUCAGCGGCGGUGGGUUGGGCUGGGGUGGACGUCGAGCUUGUUUACGUAUGAGCGUGCGGCGUGGACAGAUGAGCGCAACAACCCCGUCCCGCCAAAGGACGAGUUUGAGCUGCCAGAGGUCGAGGACGGGAGCCGUAUGCGGUGGCGCUGGGUCCCUGGCAGCACGUGGCGCGUCGAUGGGGUGCCGGAUGAUGCGGUCACCACAGACGACGGGCAGCUGGAUUUUGAUUCCGAUGGGGGCAAGAUGGGCUGGGUUUACUACGAUAACAAGUGGCAAAACGGCAAACGCGGCCAGGACAGCUGGGGCCGCUGGACGCGCCGGCGAAAGUGGUAUCGCGACGCGGAGCUCGUCGAGAUCGAAUCCGAGUCAGUCACGCCGACGAGCCCGCCCACGGAAGCGGAGAAGCAAGAACAGCAGCGGACUCUAUCGCCACCCCCACCCUACGCGGCCGAGCAGAAGUCUACAGGCGGCAUGUGGGCCAGCCUCCGGCCGGGGAGUCUACGGCGGCGUGCUACGGACAACUCGACGGCGUCCUCGGCGGCGGCGGCGGCUGCUGCUGCCUCUGGAGGUGCUGGCAGUACGAGCAGCGGAGGUGCUGGGACCAGGAGGGGUAGGCGGACCAGCAGCGCUGCGGCUAGUCACCUGGACGACGAGCGAGAGGACGUUGAUGCUAGCCUCGGAACCAGUUUGGGGCUUGAGAUCCAGGGGGCUGGGAUGGAAAGGGACCAGUGGGGGGUUGGCGAUGAAAUAAGGAUGGGCCUGGAGUAAAUCCGGGGAGGUUGAGUGCGACAAGUGGGAUAACGAGUAUUGUAUUAUGCUGGGAUAAGAUCUUGGAGUUUUUUUUUUUUUUUUUUUGUUUUUGUUUUCAGGCGGGUUGGGAUCGAUAUUCGGACUGUGGCG